AUGCCUUUCGAACCCCUCUCUGCCACCGGGCAAAAUCUCAUUGAUACUGCUACCACAGUUAUCAACAACAUUCCCGUUUCCGACUUCUACAGUGUGGCCAGCACCGCCAUCUCCGACGACGGCCGCGUCUUCUCGGGCGUUAACGUCUAUCAUUUUACCGGCGGACCAUGCGCGGAGCUUGUCACUUUGGGUGUUGCAGCAGCAGCAGGGGCGCAGAAGCUGACUCACAUCGUGGCCGUUGCCAAUCAGAAUAGAGGUAUCUUGAGCCCAUGCGGAAGAUGCCGGCAGGUCCUCACCGAUUUGCAUCCUGGAAUCAAGGUGGUCGUUGUGGGAAAAGAGGGAGCACUAAUGUUAUGGCCCAGACUAUAUGCGCAGUGGAAACAUGCGGGGAAGCCCCCUUAUCUUAUCGGAAGUUCCCACUUUGGUUGUCAGGGCAACUCCGUUUACAAACACACGCACGUGAAACUCACUACAUCUCUUCUCUCGUUGCGCGUCAAGGCGACCUUGACUCCUCGCACGAAGGAGCUGUACUGCGAGGAAUGA